AUGCCGCGACAGAGAGUAUUUUAUCGUGGUGUGCGAACGGAGUGGGCGCUGUACGGAUUUAGCAAGCUAAAAACAGGUCAUCUUCGCAACGUGUUAUCUUUCCUCGCCUUUCCGUCUCUCUGUCAUAGAAAAGCCGCACGCAACGAAAUCUAUCGAAUGGAAAAGUAAAAGAAAGAAAAAAAAAUUGAUGUUCGAUCAUUGACCAUCGAAAUCCAAUGCUGAUAACUCCAACUUUAAAACUCAUGAAGUUUUGUGCUCAUCUUGCAAAUAUUUUUCAUCCUUUUGUUACCGUGUCAUUAAAAGUUGGAAGGAAAUUUUGAGACAAAUUUCCAGACGAUUCGAAUGAUUUUCGCAGGAGCUGGUGAAGUAUUCGACCCGACUAGGCGAAAACUGCGACGACCUCCAAAAGGCUUUGGAGCUGAUGCUAGGAAUCCCUCACAGGGCAACGGAUAACAAAUUCAUAAGCAAUAUCGAAGGUUACAAAGGAAAUAUCCACAAGUUAGGCAGAUUACUCACACACGAGUGGUACACGGUGAUUGACAAGGACGGUAAAAGCAAAGAAAGGUAUCUCUUCCUCUUUAAAGCUCGCAUACUCAUCUGCAAAGUCAGACGAAUAUCGGAAGACAGAUCCGUCUUCGUUCUCAAGGACAUCAUUCGAUUGCCAGAUGUGGAAGUAAAGGAUCAUCCAGAGGACAUACGGUCUUUCGAACUACACAAUCCAGCCAGCCCAGCCUACCCCAUUACUUUAGUAGCUCAUAAAGACCCAGUGAAAGCCUACUGGCUGAAAGAAAUUCGACAAUACGCGAGUGAUGUGGUAGCACUCGCUGAACACGCUGCGGACGACCUACAAUUGACAGAAGUUCUAGAGAUCAAGGAAGAAAUUAAAGGAAAUCCAGGAACUGCUCCUCAGAAAGCAACAGGAAAUCCAGGACCAAAGGCAGAGGGUAAUCCAGGACCAAAGAAGGCAGAAGGGAACCCAGGGCGAGAAAAAGGAAACCCGGGACCAAAUCCCGGAGAAUCCGCGGAGAAACGGAAAGAUAAUCCGGGGAAUCCAGAAUCUAAAAAAGUUGAAGAAGAAGGUGCAGAUAUGUCUCGAAGAUAUUCUUCCAGUCGGUACAGCAGCUCUUCGAAAGUUGUUGAAGAGUAUUCUUCAGUAUCUAGUAGUGCAGCAUACAUGGAGUCAUCCGUGAGUCAGAGCAGUGCAGUAAGAAUGGAAUCCAGCUCUUACCAAGCUGGAAAUUCGAUAGAAGCCAGAUCGAAUACGGCGAGGAUCGAGGGUGGCAGUGGAAAAGGAAAACCUGUGUUCGUCAAGACUCUCGAGGGAUCCAAUGUUGAACCUGGAGAAAUGACUGUCUUCGAGUGUACUCUAUUGCAAACCGAUGCAACAACGAGAGUACAAUGGCUAAAGGACAACAAACCGUUAGAAGAUAGAUUGGCAGAUCGUCUGACAGCCUCUGCAACUGGAAAAACUUUCAGACUUCAACUCCAAAACGUGCUCGAAUCGGAUUCUGGCAUUUACAUCGCUCGAGCUAUGAAUAGUGAAGGCCAAGCUACUUGUACUGCCCAGCUUAUUGUACAAAAACUAACACCUGAAGAGAAGAAGGCGAGAGCAGAAGCUAAUGCACCAAUCUUCUUGGUGCGACUGAAGGACACGGAACUCUUGGAGAACACUUACUUGCGUUUCAUGGUGAAAGUGAAAGGAGACCCUAAUCCUGAGAUGAAAUUCUUCAAAGACGAUGUUUUAAUUGACGAAAAUCAUCCGCGCGUAAAGGUCGUCACUGAACAAGCAGACAAAGGUUUCUACGAGCUAGUAAUUUCCGAUGUUCAAAAGCAAGACGCUGGCAAAUACUCGUGCACUGCGAAGAAUCGAUUUGGAGAAGCUUCUUGCGAAGCAACUGUAACGGUGUCGGAUGAGAAAAUGUUGUACCUUCCUGAAGAUUUCCUCGAACCAGGCAUGGAACCGAAGCUCACUUGGCUGCGCGAUGGAAAACCAUUCGAUCCUGAAGAACGCUUUAAAGUGCUGUUCCAGGACGACGAAGAUACUUUGGCUUUAGUGUUCCAGCAUGUCAAACCUGAGGACGCUGGUCUUUAUACCUGCGUCGCGCAGACGAGUACAGGUAACAUCAGCUGCAGUGCAGAACUGACGGUCCAAGGUGCAGUACACCAGCUACUGAAAGAACCAGAAAAGCCGAAAUUGUGUUCAGAAACCAGGCAUUCGGAAGUGAGCGCCGGUGGAUCAGCCAUGCUGGAAUUACAAAUCAGAGGAUAUCCAAAACCAGACAUCAAAUGGAGCAAAGAUGGAGAGGAAAUUGUCGCUGGUGGAAGAUACAAGUACCUCUGGGAGGAUGAGGAAUCAAUGUCCUUGGUAAUCAAGAAUGUCACUGCCAAGGAUGCUGGUACUUACACAAUCAGGGCGAAGAACGAAUUGGGCGAAGAUACAACUCAAAUCGAGUUGAUCGUGAAAUCUGCGCCAAAGGUCACGAAAAAGCAAACUGACACAACUGUCAAUGUCAGCGAAACGUCGACGAUGGUCGUGCAAAUCGAAGCCACGCCUGCGCCGGAAGUUAAGUGGUACAAAGAUGGUCAAGAACUUCGAGAAGACAAUCGUAUAAGCAUCGUUAAGGAAGGCAGUGAAACUUAUAAGUUGAUAUUACAAAACGCUCGUUUAGAUGAUUCUGGCUCGUACUCGAUUGUCGCGCGAAACGAGGUCAACCAAACGACAGAAAUUUGGAAGUUGAAAGUAUUAAGUCCGCCAAAGAUCACAAAGAGAUUGGGCGAAUCACAAAUUCUGGAUCAAGAAAGCACUCUUACUUUGUUCGUCGAAGUUGAUUCAGUGAUGCCGCCUAGUAUUAAAUGGUACAGAGAUGGAGAACUGGUUGUUGAAGAUAGUCACAUGAAAAUAACUCGAGAGGGUAAGAAAUUCAUUCUGAAGAUCACCGGUAUAGUGUCUGAGGACGCAGGACUUUACAAAGUAGAAGUCUCCUCUGAACACGGAGUUGUCACUGAUGAAACUACAAUUCAGGUAAGAGGACUUCCACGAUUCAGAACUAAGCUGCAGGACAUCACGGUGAACGAAGGUGAAAAGAAUAUCGAGUUCAAAGUAGAGAUCGAUGGAUGUCCAAAACCGAGCAUCCGGUGGUACAUCGGCGACGUGGAGAUUACAGAGAAGCACAAAGGAUACGUUUGUACGGAAGAAGACAAUUUCGUCAAGCUAUUCAUUUCUGAUGUUAAAAAUGAAAUGAAGGGGCAGUACACUUGCAAGUUGAAGAACGAAUUUGGUGAAGUCAAGAACAGUUCGACAUUGAUCGUGAAUACCAGGCCGAAACUACUGAAAAAACUCGCCGAUCAAAGAAUCAACGAAGGCGAUACCUUGAAAUUGAUCUUCGAAGUAGCCGGUACGCCAGAGCCUGAGGUGAAAUGGUUUAAAGAUGGCGAGGAAGUUUCCACGGACGCGAGAAUUAAAAUCACAAGGGAUAGCAAGCGACAGGAAAGCUACAAUCUGACGGUGACUUUAGUAAAGGGUUCAGACGCGGGCAUGUACGAGGUUCGAGCUGAAAACGAGCUAGGCUUUGUGACUAGCAAGAGCAAAGUUAUGAUAAUGACGAAAACGGAAGAAAGCGUGGAGGAGAAAACGGAAAUGAAGAAGGAGACGGUUGAAAAGAUCAGCAUUGAAGAAGAGGAAACGAAAGCGCAGAAAGUGGAGGAGAAAGAGAUGGAAACGAAGAAAGAACGCGCAGAGGAAUCCGGACCCGAAGGUCGAGUGAAACUGGAGAAACAAAGUGUCCAAGUAACGCGGGGCCAGGGUGACACAAUCACGAUCUCCGUGGCCUCCACGACGACCCACGAAGCUAUACUCACAGGUCCUGACGAGAGCCACACGAUCAGCAAGAUGACCGUAACAAAAGUCGAGUGCCAGGAGAUAAACACGGACAGCCCUGGCGUCGAAGAGAUAGCCACCUAUAGCUACAGCGUGCAAGAGGAGUCCGUUCAGAAGCCGCAGAACGGCGUGUUGAUCGAGGAAUUCUCGGAGAACAGUGAGGAUAACAAGUCGAGGCUUCAGAUAAACCGUGGCGUGUCAAUCGUGUCCGUUUCGGACGACGAGUCGACUCUGAAGGCGAUUUCGAGAGACGUCAGCACGGAAGAUAUGCAGCACGCUGAAUUAUCCGAAGAUAAUUGUGCCAAGUUGACGAACGGAUCCUACGAGGAGUUCAAUGGGAACGGACAUUUGGCCGAGGAGAAGAUCCUGGACGAUGUAAAACCCUACAGAGGUUCCAUAAUCACGGAGAGCAUCAUGGAGGAACGAUCCGUGGAAGAGUCGCCGUCGGAGAGAUCGAAGCAAGAAAGCGUCAUGCCACCUCAAUCCGCCAUUCUUGAGAACGGUGACUCUUCCAGGAGGAAAGUAUCCUCCGCGGAUCUGCAGCAACCACAGACACCAACGAUCGAGGAGAGCAAACUGACGAAACAGAAAAUCGAACGAGCGAGCUCGAUCGCGGAGAAGAUUGUCGAGACAAACGUGGAGGAACGCCGAGGCUCCGUGGAGAACGGAUUCUUCUCGAGGCAGAGUUCGAAAAUAGAGAGAAUGGAUUCGACGGAGUCGAGAAAGACUUUCGAAAGAUCGAUAUCGAGGGAGAGCGCUUUGAAGGCUGCUCAAACCGGUGACGAAGAGGUCGACGAAGAGUUGGAGGCCCUUCUAAAUCGCGUUAAACGACAGCGCAGCGUUUUGGACGAUAUCCUUGAAAAGGAAUCCUCCAGGGAUUCAGCGCCUCCUCACAUCAUUGAAACGACUCUCACCGAUCGGACGAUCUACGAAACUCAGACUAUCGUGUUCGAUAUCACCGCGACCAGUUUGCCAAGAGCCGAUGGAAAAUGGUUCAAGAAUGGGAAACCACUUCGAAGCGGGGAUCGUAUCAAAAUUAGUACUACCGGCGAACAUUAUUCUUUGGAACUGAAGAAAGCCAUCAUCGAGGACGAGGGCGUGUACACGUGCAUGUUCACGAACAAACUUGGCGAAGAUAGUGCAGAAGGAUAUCUGACAGUUGACACCGUGGACGAACUUCGAAGACCCAAGUUUAUUGAACCUUUGAACGAUGUGGAUGCAGCCAAAGGAGAAAACAAAAAGUUCAAAGCUACGUUCACUGCUGAUCCUGUUCCUGAAAUGACAUGGUACUUCAAAGGUGAAGAAAUUCCAGCUGAUGACAGUCGAUUAAAGUGUACCGUGGAUAAUAAGCCAGCGAACGACAAACUAACUGAAACUUCAGUCACCUUGAGAGUGCCGAAAUGCUCGAAAGAGGACACUGGAGAAUACACGCUGAAACUGAAGAACAAAUAUGGCGAAGCUGAAGCUAGCGCUUUCCUGAAUCUGCUACGGGUUCCCGAAAUCCAAGAAUUCAAAGAUGUCGUCGCGUCUGUUGGGAAAUCAUUUACCUGGGAGGCCAUCGUUAAGGGAAAUCCAAAACCAGAUAUCACGUGGACCAAGGACGGUACAAUCCUGGAACAAGGAGAUAGGUUCGACUUUGAAGAGGAUAAAAGAAAUAAGAAGUUCAGGCUCAUCAUUAAAGACGUGGAAGUCGAAGACAAAGGAACUUAUCAUCUUACAGCAAAGAGUUAUCUAGGUGAAGCGAGUGGACAAGCAACUUUAACUCCACACACCGAGACACCAAACUUCCUCAAAAAUUUGGCCAGCGUAGCAUGCAAAGAUCGCGACGACGUAGAACUGAAGAUUCGCGUAAGCGGUGUCCCCAGGCCAAAAGUAAUCUGGCUAAAAAAUGACGAGGAGAUCAAAGAAGACGAUCGUCACAAAAUCACUACACACGUGGAUGGAAUCGUGGAUAGUAUCUAUUCCAUCACGACAUUCUCUCAAAGCGAUAUCGCACGAAUUAAAUGUCGAGCUACCAAUGUUGCUGGAAGUGCACAAACUGUUUGUAACUUGACGAUGCAGCUGAUCGCUCCUAACUUUAGCAACCUUCUACCUAAAUCGACAGAAGUGGACGAGGGUGAUACUCUGGAGCUUAAAGUGAAGGUCGAUGGUAGCCCUAUACCUGAUAUAGUUUGGUAUAAAGACGGAGAGAAGAUCGUCCCGAAUGAACACACGAGAAUUGAAACGCUUCCGGAUGGCAACACUAAACUGACGAUCGAUUGCGUAAAACCGACAGAUUGUGGGGCUUAUAAACUCGUGACUUCUAAUCCUAGUGGCGAACAGUCGUCGUUGUGUGCCGUGGCUAUUAAACCUGCAAGAAGAAAACCAUCUUUCUCAAAGUCAUUGGAAGAUACAAAGGCUGUCGUAGGACAACCAUUAAAACUGGAAGCUCAAGUGGUUGCUUUCCCGAACCCACAGGUUCAAUGGUUCAAAGAUGGCAUACCAUUGCGACACUCGAAAGAGAUAUACUUCAUGAACGAACCUAAUGGUGUUAUCGGUUUGAGGAUUGAUCACGUUCGUCCAGAAGAUGCUGGCGUGUACUCGAUGACCGUUUCCAAUUCGCUCGGUGAAAUCACUGGUUCUGCCAAAGUAGAAGUCGAAGAGAAAGAGAAACGACCGGAAUUCACAACUACACUUCAACCAUUAUCUAUAGUAGAAGGCUUCCCGGCAAAAUUGGCAGUUAAAGUUCUAGGGAAACCGGCGCCGCAGCUUCAAUGGUUCAAAGACGGCGAAGAGAUCAUACCUGAUGGAAAUCGUAUAAAGACUGUCACCUUACCAGAUGGAACUCAGGCGUUGGUCAUCGACAAAGUGACGCCAGAAGACGCAGGAGAGUAUCAAGUGAUUGCAGGCAAUACAGAAGGCACCUCAUCUUGCAAAGGAACGAUCAGCGUUCUUGGCAAACAGCUGCCUGACCAACCAGAAGAGAAACCUGGUUUCAUUAGUCCAAUGCGAGAUGUUUACGUGGAGGAAGGCCAACCAUUAAACUUGUCUGCUUAUUUCACUGGCAAUCCCAUCCCAGAGAUCAGCUGGUCCAAGGAUGGUGUUCCUGUGCAGCCGUCAGAUCGUUUGUCUGUGUCCUGCGAUGGAAAGAAAACAGAGCUGGAGAUCAAUCCUUGCGAACCUAAAGAUGCUGGCGUAUACGAAUGUCGUGUAUCGAAUCCACUCGGCGAGGACUCUACGAAAUCUACAGCUAACGUCAAAAAGACUUCGCAGCCACCGAGCUUCAUGCAGACGUUCAAGGAUCUACAACAAUUGCCUUCGUUCGAUGCGAAGUUCCUAGCUCGUGUCACUGGUGUUCCACAGCCAGAUGUUACCUGGUACUUCAAUGAUAGAUUGAUCUCACAUGACGAUGACAAAUACAAGAUUAAACGCGACGGGGAUGCUUGCUGCUUGUACGUGAAAGAUUGUACUUAUGACGAUGCAGGAACGUACAAAUGCAAAGCAGUGAACAGAGGCGGGGAAGCUGAAUGCGCGGCCAAUUUGGCAGUGGUUGAUAAAAUUGGAAAGAUAGAAAAGGCUGAACCACCGUCGUUCCUGAAGAAAAUCGGUGAUUGCGAGAUCUACAAAGGAAUGCCAGCUAGAUUCACAGCCUGCAUCACAGGCAUCCCGGAACCUAAUUUCGAAUGGUUCCACAAUGGCACCAAAAUGUGGCAGACUGAUAGGAUCAGGACAGAACAAGAAGGCAGCCUGUUACGCUUAAUUAUACACAAUGCCGAUGAAUUAGAUGCCGGGAAAUAUACGUUGAAAAUAUCAAAUCCUCACGCGUUAGAGCCGCGAGCAAAGAGAGCCCUGGGAGAUCAAUACACAGACUUCGACAAGUACCGCAAGUCCGGCGUUCCAUUACCCUUGGCCGAUCGUCCAAUUAUCAGCAGAAUGAUGGAUCGUCAUCUGACUCUCUCCUGGAAGCCAUCCAUCCCCAUUGGACCUCGUAUCCCAGUGACGUAUCAAGUAGAAAUGUGCGAACUUCCGGAUGGCGAUUGGUUCACUGCUCGCACAGGUAUUCGUAGCUGCGUCUGCGACAUCCGGAAUCUAGAGCCUUUCAGAGAUUACAAAUUCCGUAUCCGCGUGGAGAACAAAUACGGGAUCAGCGAUCCAUCACCGUUUGCGCAAACGUACCGCGCCAAAUUGGAGCCAGAACCACCGAAAUUCUUCCCUUACUUGCCACCUGGUAUCGACUUCCGUCCGGAAACCAGCCCCUACUUCCCCAAAGACUUCGACAUCGAGAGACCACCUCACGACAAUUAUGCUCAAGCACCGAGAUUCCUUCGUCAAGAACACGACACCCAAUACGGUGUGAAGAAUCACAAUUGCAACCUGUUCUGGUUCGUUUAUGGCUAUCCAAAGCCAAAAAUGACGUAUUAUUUCAACGAUCAAUUGAUAGAGUCUGGUGGAAGGUACGAUCAGAGUUAUACAAGAAACGGGCAAGCCACGUUGUUCAUCAAUAGAAUGCUCGAAAGAGAUGAAGGGAUGUACGAAGCUGUCGCGACUAACGAGCAUGGUGAGGCCAGGCAGAGGGUUCGGCUCCGAAUUGCCGAGUAUCCGACGUUUAUUCAGAGGCCGGAAGAAACUAUUGUAAUGAUUAGGAGAGUUGGACAACUGAUGGCUAAAAUCACCGGCGUGCCUUAUCCGGAGAUCAAGUGGUACAAGGAUUGGAAACUUCUUACCACCUCUUCGAGAAUAAGGGCAAUAAGCGUGAGGAACGUAGCCGGCUGCAUUUCUUGUUCCGUGAUGUUGCACGUGGAGGAGAAUGAGCAUGAAUACGGAUAUAGAACGUACAGAAGGAAGUCGGACAUUAGACCUCGUCAUGACAAGCUUCUCGAUGACCUCUACGACCUUGGCGACGAACUUGGUCGUGGUACUCAAGGUGUCACUUACCACGCCGUAGAAAGAAGCACCGGAAAGAAUUACGCGGCUAAAGUUAUGCAUGGAAAAGGAGAGCUCAGGCCGUAUAUGUACAACGAGAUAGAAAUGAUGAACUGUUUGAACCAUAGGAAAUUAUUGAGACUGCACGACGCCUAUGAGACUGAUAAAUCUGUCACGCUAAUCAUAGAACUAGCUGCUGGCGGUGAGCUAGUAGAUACUUUAACGAAACAGGCUUACUACACCGAAGCAGAAAUUGCUGGUUACAUUAGGCAAUUACUAUGGGGACUGGACUACAUGCACGAUAAUCAUUUAGCUCAUCUUGGCUUAACGCUUGGAGAUCUCUUGAUUUCACACACAGGAGGUGAAGAUCUGAAGAUCUGCGACUUUGGCCUUACCAGAAAAAUCGUAUCGUCGAAAUUAAUGACCUUGACAUAUGGUAUGCCCGAAUACGUGGCGCCGGAAGUUACCAACAACGAGGGAGUGUCUUUCAGUGCAGAUAUGUGGUCCGUUGGCAUUAUUACGUACAUCCUUCUCUCUGGAAUUUCACCCUUCAGGGGUAACAACGACAUGGAAACGAUACUGAAGGUCAGGAAAGGAAACUGGGAGUUCGAUGAUCGUUGGAAGAACAUCUCGGAGGAAGCCAAAGAUUUUAUUCGUUCUCUGUUACUGUAUGACGUUGAUAGAAGAAUGGAUGUCGUAGCUGCCCUUAAGCAUCCUUGGUUGAACUACGCUGACAGGUCUCCGCUUGAUUUGUACAAGAUUCCAUCGGAGAACUUGAAGAAUUAUUACAAAUUAUAUCGCGACUGGUACAACAACGCUUCCUGCCGCACGUGGUUCCGCAGACGCAAAUUGAACACAGCCUUCGAACAUCCCUCAAAAAUGAUCUAUCCACCUGCCCAUAAAUACACUCCCGAACCUGAGGAAAGACCGUACACACCGAUAAAGAGACCUCCGGUUAAACCUUGGGAAGAUCAAAUUUCUUACGGGGAACCGCUUGAUACAGAAAUUGGAAUCAUCAAGAGCGAGAGCCACUAUCAAAAUGGUCCGGACACCUAUCUUCUUCAAUUACGUGACACAGACUUCCCUGUGCGUUUACGCGAAUACAUGAAGGUUGCAUGCAAUCGCAGUCCUGGAUUCUCUCGUACCAUCGCCGAGGAUAACUUCGACUGGAGGGCACCUAUUAUAAGAGAGCGUCGUCGCUUCACGGAUAUUAUGGACGAAGAAAUUGACGACGAGAGGCGAGCAAGAAUCAGUAGAUACGGUUCACCGGAUACCUUCACUCUCAGACGUUUGAAACACGAAUUGGGCACUCGAUUGGACAGUUACGCCGAGGCAGAGGCAAUGUUAGAGUCGAAGAAGGAAGGACACUUGCCAUUCUUCCGUGAAAAGCCGCAAAUCAAGCCCAUCGAAGAAGGGAAACCUGCCUAUCUGGCUUGUCUAGCUGUUGGAAGACCUAAACCAGCGAUUCAGUGGUACAAAAACGACUUGAUGAUUCAAGAGAGUAAUAGAGUGAAAGUCACCGAAGAUGAAGAUGGCAGAUCUAUACUUAGCUUCACUCCGACGAAGGAACACGAUGUUGGCAGCUACAAGGUUGUCGCCAGAAACUCCCUUGGACAGACCGCAAUCAGAGCAAGAUUAGUAGAAGCUGUCGUUCCUUCGGGUCCAGAUUCUCCUGAGGUCGGCGACGUCUCUGAUACAGAAAUACUUGUACGAUGGAAGCAACCUAAGCGCGAUGGCAACUCGCCAGUAUUGUGUUACAAUCUCCAGUAUAAAGAAGGUGACUCGGUCGAUUGGAUAGAAAUUGCUUCAAACAUCGAUCACGAGUUCUAUCUGAUAAGAAACUUAAAGCCGGACACGAGCUACAACUUCCGUUUAGCAGCGCGAAAUCGCAUCGGUUGGAGCGAGAAGGGUAUCCCGUCGAAGCUUAUCAAGACUAGACUACCAGGAUGUCCGAAGGUUCAGAUUACACGAGCAAUGAGGCAUCUCCAAGAACUGACCGAGUCAGGUCAAGAAAUAGUGCUCGAUGAAGACAAGCCACAUAUGAAUUACUCCAUCGAAGAGCAUCCUAUCGAGUGGUCGACUGACACCAAUCUCUCGAACAAGUAUAGUUUCAUCUCUGAGAUAUAUAGAGGCCAGUUCUCCGUUGUGUUAAAGGGUGUUGACAAGAGCUCAGACCGCGUGAUAGUCGCUAAGAUUUUGGAGCUGAAUACGCAAACGGAAAAGCAGGUGAACAGGGAGUUUGAAGCUCUUCGUUCGUUGAGACACGAGAGGAUAGCGCUGUUGGAGGCAGCGUACAAAGCACAGGGUUCUCCAAUUGCAGUGUUCAUUUUAGAAAAGCUUCAGGGAGCUGAUAUUCUCACAUAUUUCUCUAGUAAACAUGAAUAUACGGAGAAUUGCGUAGCAAUUGCUAUGACGCAAAUCCUAGACGGUUUACAAUAUCUUCACUGGCGAGGAUAUUGUCAUCUUGAUAUUCAGCCUGACAAUAUAGUGAUGUCCAAUGUCAGAUCGGUCCAAGUGAAACUGGUUGACAUGGGUUCUGCUCGACUUGUUAGUAAAUUGGGUACGUUAGUACCGAAAGCUGGCCAUCCCGAGUAUAGGGCACCAGAGGUAUACAACGAGGAAGCGGCUCAUCCUCAAACAGACAUUUGGAUGGUUGGCGUACUUAUGUACGUACUGCUCUCCGGUGUUUCACCGUUCCGUGGCAACGAUCCUGAUGAGACGAGACAGAACAUCUUGUUUGUGAGAUAUCGAUUCGAACAUUUAUACAAGGAGUUAAGUCAAGAGGCUACUAGAUUCCUUAUGCUGGUCUUUAAACGAGCACCAAGUAAAAGACCAAUGGUAGAAGAAUGUCACGAACACAGAUGGCUACAGUUAUCGGAUUUUAUGAUCAAGAAACGCGAGAGAGCCGUGUUCUUAAGUAACAGACUGAAGGAGUAUAGCGAGGAGUAUCAUGAAGAGAAAUCGAAAAUAGCAUCUGAAAACCAAAGCCUAGCAAGUGAAAAUCUGUUAGGUUCCACUCAAAAACUUAUUAGAUCGACUAGCAUACAAGAAGAACUGCUCACCACGUUCUAA